GUUCAAAGGGGUACCACAGGAAUCCUACCACCUGUGGCUUGGGCAAUGAGAAACUGUGAGCGGAUAGAAGUAGUGACUGAAGAAAACAACAUUCGGAGUAGUGACCAUAUCCUGGAGAGCGAACAUCAAAAAACGCAGGAGGAUCAUGAUACAUCAAGGUGGAUUCACCACGACAGCGACCAGACGAGACCAGCGGAGAGCUACUUUUGUAUCCUACCUGCUUUGGGCUUAGCUGGGGAGGAGAGUGAUCAGAAGGACGAUGUUGAAGAUGAUCAGUCACACGCACGAGCAAUGCACCUCCAUACUGGUAAUAACCCACAGCAGCAUGAUGAUCUUGAAGUUCUUGACGAAGUUCUCAACGAUCGAGAAAGCAUAACUGUCACCACCAGCAAGGAAGCAGAGCAAAGCGAUAGGACAACAGAACCAGAAUACCGUUCUCACCCUACAGCAACCUUUGACCUUCAGUUUCCUGCGUUGAUGAGAAAAAAUGUUUUUCAAGCUGUAAUCCCUGAAGUAAUGGAACGAGAUGAGUACGCUAUUCAGGAACUGGCGGAAAAGCUUAGAAGACUCGGAGGUUGUCUAGUACCACAGCAGCGAAUGUGCCACCGUCAGCACUGUGAUCGUCAUAAACUACAUGAAGCGGUAGAAGAAUCGACAUCAAAGAUUUCUUCCAGUACUAGUCGGAGCCCAACAGCCUCAGCAUCAGCCAGAAUCAACAUCCACAUUGUUGAUAUCGGCAGUAACCUUGGCGUCUUCUCUUUGCAUGCUAUUCAAACUUUGGAGAAUGCGAAUAGUGACACUGACAGUCACAGUGACGAAGGAGGCAACAACAACAGCACCAGCCUGAACAGUCUACGCGUAACCUCUGUGACCAUAGCAGAACCAGUGCCGCAAUUAUUUCGAUUGGCUGUGAAGAAUGUCGAAGCUAAUUUAAAUGUCAGCAGACAACAAAAUGCCACCACGUCAACGUUGGACACAUCGAAGGUGCACCUACGUGCUUUUCAAGCAGCUGCUGGAAGUAGUGACACGCAUCCCCGUAGGACUGGUUCACCUUCCACCACAACAAGGAAGAAAAAUAAGGACAUUCAGCAUGAACCUUUCAGCGGAACAAAUAGCAUUGGUUAUGGAGCAGGAGGCAUCUUCAGUACUAGUGAAGGGUGCGGUCUUCAAAGAUAUCCCGAGGGCGAGAACAGUCGCAACAUUCUCCAAGGCACGUGGAAUCCUCUGUAUGGUAUAGCUGGUGGCAUUGGGCGACAGUUAGAGCAACAUCCUUGGUUUCGGAACGAUCUCGGGAGCAAAGCAGAGUUGGAGAUGAAGAGGCGACAGGUGUUGUCGUUUGAGCGAUCUUUUGAAGCGGAACUGGUACCAUUUUCAAGACUACUGACGCUGCCGAGUGCUGCUAGGAGGAAGCUAUCAGUACCUGCUUCGGGGGAUCGAAAGGUGGGCAAGGACAAGGACCACGACAAGAAUAAGGCUACCAGCAUGGGGAGAACAUCAGAGGAACAUGGUCAUGACAUAUUCCCAAGUGAGAGCGAAAGGUUGUUCACAGUUGUCAAAAUCGAUUGUGAAGGUUGUGAAAGUGCCUUUGUGCGUGAUCCUAGCGUUCUCGGCACUAGGUUCCUCAGGGAUCUCGAGGAAGGAGCUGCGUCACUAUCAUUCGAGCUCCACCUAGAUGUAGGGUUUAUCAAGACCGAGGACACUCAAGUAGGAGUAGACCACCUGCUCGGCCUUGGGAGUUUUGGCACUGCAGCAGCAAGAGAAGGCCCUCGUGGAGGUCGUGUCUACUACUUUCAUGAAGAGACUCCUGGCUCUAAUGAUAAGUAUACUGAGUCGCAAAAUAAAGAAAAGGGAGCACCUACAACUAAAACUACGACGAAAACCUCCCAAGAAAGUGCUUGGCGAUGUGAAAAGUUCAUCCAGGGCGAGGUAGAUGCUCUGUGCAUAGGAGCUACCGUUUCAUACUUCCUGGAACAUGCUAGUGAUAGAAGUUCUAGCACCAUGCAAUGAAUUGCGAUUCUGGGUGCCCUAGUUGGUUCAUAUGAUAGAACUUCAUCUAUAUUGCAAGUGAUAGGUUGUUAAACUACAUCAUUAAAGACGCAGAAUGAAGAAGAAAGGAUAUGGGUUAUUUGUGACGCUGGCCGAGGCAGACGACCAUCAUAUCACUCAUCUGGUGUAUUAGAAGUUCAAGUUUUGGGUCACUAACAUCCCCGACUAGCCGUAGAUGCUAAGCAUCGUUCUUGCAGGCCUUUAGAUAGUAUUGAUGUCGGAGACAGCUCGAGG